UUCCCUGCUGGCUGCGCUGCUGCUCUCCUCUCAGAAGCCAUUUUGGACUCAGUUCAGUUCCCUGCGUGUCAGUUUCAGACACCACCUCUCUGGCUUUCAGCGGUUUAGGGGAAAUAGGGUAACGCGCACAUCAGAGCUGUAAAAAAAUCUUCAAUAAGAAAGGCGUAGUUUCUCUUCUUUUUACGGACUGAAAACCUGGAAAUAUUUUUCUUCCCAUGGAUUUUUCUAUAUUUUAAAGUUUUUUUUUUUUUUUCCCCACCAGUGCAAUUUUGUUGCAUUGGGACUAUACACACAAAAGCAACGCAAACUCUCGGUGCGGUGGACAUCCGAGGCCCGGGGUCAUUGGCUCGCUGCGUUGGGCAGAACAUCAUUUUAAAUGUUCGAAAAGGAAAAUAAAUUUAAAAGGGGAAAAUCCGCUGUGUUUCUCUCUUAUUGAAGGAAUAUGUUUGCUUCCUGGCUCACUUUUACACUUCUUUGGGGAACUUUUUGUGCAGGACCAAGCCAUGGAGAGGCCGAGACCAGGGAGUGUGUGUUCUACAACGCCAACUGGGAGAUCGAGAAGACCAAUCAGAGCGGGCUGGAGCGCUGCGAGGCGGAGAAGGACAAGCGGCUGCACUGCUACGCGUCCUGGCGCAACAGCUCGGGCUCCAUCGAGCUGGUGAAGAAAGGCUGCUGGCUGGACGACUUCAACUGCUACGACCGGCAAGAGUGUGUGGCGACCGAGGAGAAUCCUCAGGUGUUCUUCUGCUGCUGCGAAGGAAACUACUGCAACGAGCGCUUCACGCACCUGCCCGACGUCAGCGGUCCUCCAGUGAAGAUCAGGCCCCCUCCCCCCACGCCCUCUCUGCUCAACAUCCUGGUGUACUCCCUCCUCCCCGUCUCCGUCCUCUCCAUGGCCCUCCUGCUCGCCUUCUGGCUGUACCGCCACCGCAAGCCCCCGUACGGCCACGUGGACAUCAACGAGGACCCUGGCCUGCCUCCUCCAUCUCCUCUGGUCGGUCUGAAGCCCCUGCAGCUGCUGGAGAUCAAAGCCAGGGGGCGCUUUGGCUGCGUUUGGAAGGCGCAGCUAAUGAACGAAUAUGUAGCCGUGAAGGUCUUCCCCAUUCAGGACAAGCAGUCUUGGCAGAACGAGCGGGACAUCUUCAUCUCUCCGGGGAUGAAGCACGAGAACCUGCUGCGCUACAUCGCGGCCGAGAAGCGCGGGAACAACCUGGAGAUGGAGCUGUGGCUGAUCACCGAGUUCCACGAGAGGGGCUCCCUGACGGAUUACCUGAAGGGCAACGCCGUGUCCUGGAACGAUCUGUGUCACAUCGCCGAGACCAUGGCCUGCGGGCUGGCCUACCUGCACGAGGACGUGCCCCGCUGCAAGGGGGAGGGCCCCAAGCCCGCCAUCGCGCACAGGGACUUCAAGAGCAAGAACGUGAUGCUGAGGGUGGACCUGACUGCCAUCAUAGGGGACUUUGGGCUGGCUGUGCGGUUCGAGCCGGGGAAGCCCCCCGGGGAUACCCACGGGCAGGUGGGGACGAGGAGGUACAUGGCGCCGGAGGUGCUGGAAGGCGCCAUAAACUUCCAGCGGGACGCCUUCCUGAGGAUCGACAUGUACGCCAUGGGCCUGGUGCUGUGGGAGCUGGUGGCUCGCUGCACGGCUGCGGACGGUCCCGUCGAUGAGUACAUGCUGCCGUUCGAGGAGGAGAUCGGGCAGCACCCGACCCUGGAGGACUUGCAGGAGGUCGUUGUCCACAAAAAGAUGCGGCCGGUUCUGAAGGACUGCUGGCUGAAGCACGCUGGCCUGGCGCAGAUGUGCGAGACGAUCGAGGAAUGCUGGGACCACGACGCAGAGGCGCGCCUGUCCGCCGGGUGCGUGGAGGAGCGCAUAUCCCAGAUCAACCGGCUGACGAACGCCACUACCUCGGACUGCCUGGUCUCCAUGGUGACCUCCGUCACCAAUGUGGACUUGCCACCCAAAGAGUCCAGUAUCUGAGUUCGUCAAGAAGAAGAAAAAAAAAAUGACGACAGCUAAAAAAGCUAACAACAACAACAACAGCAACAAAAAAGCCAACCCUCGUCUUUCCAAGACUCGGUGGAUCUCAGUAAACGAUGAAAAAAAAAAAACAUGAAAGCAGCUGCUAUUUUAUCCAGAUGUUUUUUUUUAAUUGAUUUUGUUUAUUUUUUGUUGUGUUUUUGAUUGGAUCAAUACUACCAGCACACUGCUCUACUGUAUCUUUCACAACAGGAGGAGGAGGAGAAGAAAAAAAACUAAAAAACAAAAAAAACAGGCAAAACGGACAUCUUCAGGGCAUUCAGGUGCCGACUUAUGAAUGCUGAAAAAAGGUGCAGGUACCUCAUCUAUAUUUUUUUCAGUCAUUGAUAUGAUUUUAUUAUUUCUAUCUUUUCUAUCUUCUGAAACAGGAUUGCCUAUGGCAAAACAAACCAACCUUACUACAAACCCAACUCUACCACCUUUGACAGUGCGACAAAGCUGCGAACCUUUGAGGAACUCUGACUGUUACUCCUAAAUUACCUUCCUCAAAGGACCGAUCUUCUCUCUUACUCUGGUUUUCCUUUCGCUGGAAGUGAGCGCUUAGCAAAAUGCCGGUAAACGUGUCUUUUACGGAACUAACGGGUGUUUCCAUCACACGUGAAGUGGAAGGCAACUGGAGGAAUUCCAUGACGUAGCAGGAUGCUGAAUUUAGUUGGUUGGUUAAGCAAUUUUGCAGGUGGGGAGAGGGAAAGGAGUAAAAGAAAACACAAAAUAAGAGGUUAGCGUUUUGAGAUUGGACUUAGCAGCAUCUGGACAAAACAUUUAGUUAGGUUUGGAAAAAUCUUCUCAGGUAACCGGUCUCUUGGAGCAGAGCUUUUGAUGUAGGAUGUUGUCAGUGGUAACCAGGUUGAGUGUAUUCAGUGACCCGGGCAACCACUCACUUUGGGUGUUGGGGUGGGUGCGUGGGAGGGGUUAUCAGACAUUAUUCACAAAGGCCAAUGCAGGUGGGGAUAACUGAAGUCAAGUGAAGGGCACCCCAACAGAAAAACGAAAUGCUAAACAAAAAAGCAUCCUUUGUGGGUGAAAGACUAUGGUGAAGGAACAUGUAAAUGUGUGUAUGACUGUUCUCUGCGUUUGUAAGUGUGUGCGAGUGUGUGUGCGCUUGGUGUUAAGCCCAUGGGAUUAAUUUAAUUCCAUGAUCUUAAUCUUGGCUCUACAGUUAAUGUCCAUGUCUCCUCUUUUUCUUUUUACUUUUUUUUUCUUCUUUUAAUUGAUCACAUUCGUUUUGGACAGCAGGAGCUAAGGACCUAGAUACACUCCGAGGUUUAAGUUAGGCCUCAGAAAAGCCAAUAUUUUUUACAGCAAAUGCUACAGGAGAGGAUUACUGUCCGUUCCCCUCUGUUGAGUCCCUUCAUAUUUUACCUCUUCUCAAAGGGACCAGACUAGAGCUUAGACCCAGGGAGUACUCUGCUGUAGGGAUGUUUUUGCAGGGAAAGGGGUGGGACGACCAGUAAGCUCCUCCUCCUCCUGCUUCUGUGAGUGGCCGCUCAGUCUUCUCACUCUGAAAACUCAACACAAAGGGCUGGCAUUCAAUCAAAAUUUGUCCUCAACUUUGACUUGUCAGUAAAUGCAGGCAUUACACUUUUUCUUCUCUUCCUCAGUUUGGCAUGUUUCCGUGAUCGCUAAACUAGCCAAGCUGUGUUUGUGAAGAAAAUAAAAUUACUGGGUUUAAUCGUUAGUGAAAGUUUAGGGGAAUUGUUGAUUGAAUCCCAGCCCAAAGGGUUGCUUUUGUCUUAAAAAUGUGGCGCAAAACGUUUCAAUAUGCCGUAACACAACCAUGAAUGUCCGCAAUGCUGCUGUUUCAACUCAAAGAUGAAUAUAUGAUUCUGUAUAUUCUUUUUUUGUGUGCAAAACAUGCAACUCUCAGUAGAUGAUGUUUAUAAAUGCAAAUAGAUACACACAUGGAAACGACAAGGCUUCCGAGGUAAAACAAAAUUCAAGUUAGAAGAACAUUACAUUUAAAGAGCAGAAAAAGUUUCAUGACCACAGACCACCUCAAACCAGAAAUACCUCAAGAUUUUCUACAUAUAUCAGUUUUAUUAUAUAUUUUGUUAGUUGUGUUGUCUUGUAGUAAUUAUAUUUUAAUGUAAGUUGGCUUUUAUGACUAAGGAAUUUUGGGGUAAAAUAAAAUCACCCUAAAAUUCUUAGUGAGUGCUACCAUUUUAUGUUGUACAAAAGUAAAAACGUGGUGUAAAUAAGUGUACACAGUUGUAGAAUACUGCCUACGUAUGGUACUCGGGCAUUAUUCAGUAUGUGUGUUAUCGAUCUCACUUUUCCUCUGUUACAUAAAGGGACAGUAAACCUUUUUUUAAAAUCCUUACACUGCAAACUUAAAUGAAUACAAAUAUAUUUCAAAUUUUCUGCAAUUAUAGGUAUUUUCAGUUUCAUUUUCAAAAAGGUGCUCAUGCAAUUACGUUUUUCUUACUAAUGGUAUGGAUUAUUUUCAGAUUUGUGUCUGUUUAAAAAAAGGCCUGUUUAGCUGGCUGUAACAAUGGGGGAAAAACGCUAUUUGCUCUCAUCACAGCAAUAGUGUUUCCUGCCAAUUCAGACAGUAGCUUUUCACCUUCUUACUCAUUGAGCGUAGUUCUCCAUGUACGUGGAAUGCAACGCAGCGAUUGUUUAAUUUGAACUUUUAACAACAACAAAAAAAAAUGGUUUAGUGUCUCUGAUUUGUUUGCUGCUUCUGAAUGUUGACAGGAUGAGAAUUCACAGCGUUUGCUUUUCAUCUCCCCUGGACAGCGAGCUUUAAGUUUCUUUUCAUGGUGCCAUACACUCUGUUGGGCUUUUACUUUCUCCUUCAGUCUCAGACCUCUGUAUAAUUGGAUCUGUACUGACUGUGCUGUGGGGAUGAUCACUUUUUUUUUCUUUUUCUUCUUUUUUUUUUUGACCAAGUAGCUGGACUGAGGCAUAUUAAUAUUUGUCAUCAUGAAUCAUGUGUUCUCUGCACCUGUCAGACAUGACUCUCGUGACCUGGACAUUACAUGGAGCAAUCUCCUAAACUGUUCAUUGGGGCAAAGACAUUUAGAAUGUUUAGAAGCAUUUUAAACGGGUAGCUGAGUUUCGGGCCAGUCAAAGAAGGAAAUAAAGAAUGCUGUGACCUCCUGUCUUGUAAAUGCCAAGAACGCGAUUCAAAGUUGAUCCACUGCCUUUUAAUGAUGUAGCAGCUGAUCCUCUUCACAUUAACGGCGUGGGCACCGUACUGAAUGAUGCCAAAUAUGGUGGCCGCUGCCUUUUAGAUGACCUUCAUUUGACCUUCAGUGUUUCUCCAUGACCACAAAUCUAAAAAGACUGAAAAAAAUGUACAACUGUUAGGCAGGGUUCUUUUUUAUAUUUUCACGUCACAAGUAUGCUCUAUUGGCAUGUCAAAUUGUAUAUUUUUAAUUAUCUCUUAAACUAUCCUAAUAAAUAAAAUCCCUUACAUUCAAUGGAGAGUUCCAGGAUUGUCAGUUUAGGGUUCAAAAUGAAAAGCUUAUGGUUUUGGCAUGUGAUGUAGCAAAGCAAUAUCCACAGCAAUAGUUGUACAUUCAGGUUUUACACAAGCUCAUUGGUACUGUGAAUGGCUGUAGAGCAACCUACCAAAUCAUUUUAUGAUAGACCAAGAUAUGCUGUGUGCCAAACAGUCAAUCAGUAGUGGUUACUGGUUUUUUAUUAAUGUUAACAAAUAAUACAGACAUGAUGAGGCCAUGGAAAUGAAUUUACUUAGUGAAGAUACUACAUCCUGUUCCAAAUUGCGUGAUUACUGAACUGCGCUAUAUAAUGACUUUUAUCCCUUAAACACAAAUGACCAAUUACUUUUCCAUUUAAAUCUUCUGGAACACAUUUUAGAAAGGACACCAAAGUUAUGUAGGUUUAUUUGUAGAAUAGUGUGUUUUCUGACCUCUGCUUGGGUUAAGCAUGGCUCGGUUUUUUGAGUUGUUCCUCUCAUUGAAUAGGCUUUAAGGAACCCUGGCACAUGAGACAGUAGGUGCCCUGACCAAAUAAAUUGUGACGUCUUAUCUGCCCGUAGCUAUUUUGAUUAAAGGAUGCUAUGAUCCCAACGGCCUUGAGAAAUUCAGGGUUCACUGCGCCAUGGUUCACUGGCUAAUGUACGGUGCUAAACUUUGCAGAAUUUUAGCUAUGCUAAUGGCGAAUCCCGGCGAGUCAAACUGGCGACACCCUCUCUGUGUCCCACACCUUUGGUCAUCAUCCUCAGUGUCCAGGAUUCAUGGCUAUUCAUAUCCAUUAGUGGUCCACACGCUCCUGGCGAGGUUUUCAAGUUCCUGGCGAGGUCCUGUUAACAAUCCAAUCAAGAUUGGUUGAGUGAACGUAGUACAGGAGCUAUAUAAAGGUGCUAUUCUUCAUCUGCACAUUAGGGGGAGGCCUGUGUCUGGGCUUGUGCUUUGCCAAGUAUUUCAACGUGAAUUCUAUUUGAUAUUGUGGGAGUGUUUGGCUUACUGGCUGUGGAACAAUCACACUCUUUAAGCUGCAGUAUUUGAGAGCAGAUCAUUAAACAUGUAUGCCAGGGACUGGCGACUGGUCUUGGUUCGUUCAGUUUGAUUAUUUAAGUCAGUAUUACCUUGAUUGUAGUGUAUCUGAGUAUGCCAUUGAUGGCUGGAAUUAUGAAGUGUCUAUUGCUUGAUGACCAGUUGUUGUUUGUUUUCUUUUUCUGACUAUUAGCAAUGUUAUUCCCUUUUCAAAUCUGGUGCCAUGAUGGAGAAAUUUAUUGGAAGGUCGUAGCUUCAUGAAACAGUGCCCCCACUAUUGUUUUUAAGUUGUGCAAAAGGCCAGUGUAGCUUUUUAGUUCUAUUCUUGAACACAAAGAUGUCUCCACUCUUUCUGAAUGUAAGUAUUAGCUUUAAUGUAGGUAUGCGUUAGACUUGUACCAUAGAGACCAUCUUUAAAAUGUCUUAUCCAUGAUGACAAACAUUGACCUCUGACCUCAGUCCUAAAGGAAGGAAAUGCAUUUUUAACUGUAACCAUGUCUGAGCUGAUAAACGUGCAGGAAUGGUCUGGUGUUAUACCUUCCUCUUCCUAUGUCUCUCUUAAGCAACUGCUGUGAAUCUGUUCGCUGUUGUCAUUUUAUGUUUUUGUACCUGACAAAAAUUCUCAUGUAUAAAAGAAAGAAAAAAAGUGACCAGCUGUAAUUCUGGAUGCAUUCUUAGAUCCAGAUAUUUCAGGAACCAAUUACCUCAGACCUCACGAAAAACAGUGUUGUUUGCUGGAUAUUCCUUGAUACUACAAAAUGUUGUACACUACUAACACAAAAACAGGAAACCUCUUUGUACCGGUGUGACAUAUAAAUGUACUCCUUGACAAUGUGAAAACCUCCCCCUGUUCACACCUCACCUGUCAACCCAAGCAUGGAAGUGGUGGAGUGCAUUUCGUUUUUAAGUGCUUCCUUACCCCCCUCCCCUCCCCCCAUCCACACACAUUGUUCAUAUAGAUCCUACCGAUGUUAUGUUCUCACUGCGUGCAGUGCAUCAUUCUUAAAAUCAAAUAAGCUGUGAAGAUAAAGCUUGAGAAGAAAGGCUGGGACUUUAACAGAUGUUUUUACUCAUUGGAAAAGCAGGAAUUUGACAUCUGUAGCAAUGUGACUAAGGAAAGCCUUUUAAAUUGGUUGUGACAUUUUCAUUGCAGUUGUAAAUGGUCAAAAUAUCAGACUAAUUGGUCAAAAGGAGCACAACUGCUAGUUUGCUAUACCUCUUUUCUGUUGAAAUAUUUGACCCAUAUCCAUUCGUAAGCAAUAUUAUUAUUAUUAUUAUUAUUAUUAUUAUUAUUAUUAUUAUUAUUAUUAUCAUUAUUAUUUAUUAACUGCAUAAUCUGGGAUCAUUGCCUUAAUCAUUAUUCUUAAACCUAUAAGGUCAAACUCAGAUGUGAUACUUGUUACCUCAUGUUUAUAUAAUUUAUCAGUGUUCAGGUUAAGUGUCAAAUUAUACUGAGAGACAACUGCCAGGGUGGCUGGAGACCCCACCCUCAAUAGUAUUACCAUCACCACACCAACCGCCCCCUCCCCCCUCCCCCCACUCCACCAUCUGGGGCCAAAUAUGGACUGUGAGCCCAAAGAGCUAUUGAGAUGUUGAAACCACCAUAGCAGGGUCACUGCUGGUUGAUUAACUGUCUGUUAUCUGCCAUUUCACACUCAAACACCAUCACUUCCCCGCAUGCUGCCAUUUUGUUUCUGUUCACUGGUGGCAGCAAUGCGAUUGUUAACUGGAAGGUGGUUGGUAUGACCACUUAGGUUUUCCCACAUUUCAAAUAUGUUUAUUCGAUUGGAAAUUACACUAAACAUAUGUGGUAAGCAGGGACUCACUCUAAAAAAAAUUUAAAAAAAUAAAAAAAUAAACAAAUGUUCCCAAAAAUUUACUUGGAGGUGGGAGGAUGAUGAAGGGGUCAAAAAGAGGUUUUCUUUAUUUCUUUGUCAAGACGUCAUAUUCAAGUGCUGUUUCUAUGACAGGAUAUGUGAGUUGUUCAUGUUGUAGGUUCUGUUUCACUAUUGUAGCUAAAAUGUAGAACAGAGAUGGCUUGUACUACUGAUUUUAACAUAAAUAUACUAAAAAUAAAAAAAAUGUAUUCUGUAAAAGACAAAAAUGUAUACAGAGAGUUGAGCUUGUUGCUGUAACCCCCUUUUUGGACUGAAGAGUAUGUUAAAAAAUUUUUAUAUAUAUGAAAUGCCCUGGAAAUCCAACAUCCAUUGUAUUGCCGUUAUGAAAUAAGGACUUUUGUGAACGAUCAUUGUAACAUAUUUCAUUAAUUUGCAGUGGGUUAUUGUUCAUUUUUACUGUGGUAAUUUUAGAAUUGAGUAUCAAGAUUUUGAAUUAGAUUUACCUAGUCAUUAGGGUGUGGUUGUUUUGGUCCCUCACUUGGAGCCAGAAUAAUCCCAGUAUGAAUGUAGUAUUUACACAGUCUGAAACAACUACACCCUAACUGUUAGAGAUGGGAAAAAAAUACUAGAAAUGAUUAUUUCAAGUUUCUCUUUUUGUAUAUUAAAAUAAACAAUAAAAUACUGAAACCAUUCAAA